AUGUGGCGUGAGCCUUCCAAGGCCGAGGCAUCCAGGUCUGCUUUGGAAAAGGAUAUCUCUGCUGCUGCACGCUCGCCCAUUCGCCGUGGACCAUCCUCGCGCCACACUAGCUCCCGCGCGCGCCGCUCCGGUAUCCUAUCUUCGUUUCAUUCACAAAUCAUUGAUGAACUCCGACGUGACGCUGGCGAACCUCGACGUGUGCCACGUUUCUCUUUCAUUCCCCCCAAUGGAUCCAGUGAAACCGGAAUAGAUUCAGUGACUCUGGAGCAGGCCGAGCGGGAGGCCCUCAACCGGGCCAAUCCACGCGCGAGUGUACCCCGACAGGCAGAGACAGGCAGCCGGCGCAACAGAAGCUCUCGUGAUCCUGCCUUGGCUAACCUGCUCAGUCGUAUGGACGGCCAGGCCCGAAUUGUUCAUGGUAGUCCCUCUCUUACACCGAAUUUCGCUCCGGCCUUCAAUUACGCCAUCAAUACUACAACCCCUUCGGAUAGCGGCGUUCGUCUUCCACCCAUGCGUGGCAGAGAUAUUCACACUCAGAUCCUCGCUCCUAUGAACGACAGUGAGCUCCAUCCUCAGCCUCCCGCUAAUGCGUUCUUUCCGCCGGAGAUACGUGAUGCUCGGUCUAGCAACACACAAACUCGACCAAGCCGGGAUUCGCUGAUUGAUGGGCUUGGGGAUCGCUUGCGUAGUCCUAGCCCUGACGGAGAUCGUGAAAGUGAUUCAUGGGAGACACUGCUAGCGACAAUCACUCCUGACGCAACUCUGCCUUCGACUGACGCAUCUUUCACCUCGAACUCUUCUGCUCCCGAUGUAUCCCGCACUGUUCUCUCUCGGAGCGCUAUCAACCUACCCCAUGGCAUGCCAGUGGCCAUGGGUGUUGCUCGCGCUCAUUUUGGUCUUGAUCCGUACCCGGACAAUGUCAACCCUUGUGAUUUCGAUUCCUCCGAUGACGAAGAAGCACCUUUCAGUUACAACGAGCUCAUGCGACGGGGCCCAAGCAUACCUUCUUCAAAUCGACGUUUCCACAGUCAACCUUCAACUUUCAGUAAUCAUCCUCCUGUCCCUGCAUUCGCAGUGUCUCUAUCCGACCACCAUCAAGACGGAGCGGAUCUCCAGCGCUGGCAGGUCAUGAUCGAUCGACUUGCCCGCCGUCGGGAUAUUACCGAUGACUGGUGGGCGGCAGUUGGUCUCGCGCGUACUCUUGACCCUAGUCUCAAUGCUAGCAUGGACUCCACAGAUACCGAAGGACCUUCUCGAACAAACCGCCCCGAUAAUUGA